GGAGCCGGAAGCGGAAGCCAGAUACCGGAAGCCGUGUAUACCGGCGCCUGCGAUGGCUGAAGCUGCGGCUGUCGCGGCUGAAUCUCUAGCGGGCGGCAGGGCGCGAGCGGCGCGCACGGUGCUAAAUCAGGUAGUGCUCCCGGGUGAGGAACUGCUCCUACCGGAGCAGGAGGACGCAGAAGGCCCUGGCGGUGGAGGGGAGCGACCGUUGCGCCUGAAUGCUGGAGCGCGCUCGCGGGUGCGCGUAGUGUGCGGCCCGGGCUUGCGGCGCUGUGGGGACCGCCUUCUGGUCACCAAGUGCGGCCGCCUCCGUCACAAGGAGCCGGGCAGUGGCAGCGGCGGUGGCGUUUACUGGGUGGAUUCGCAGCAGAAACGGUAUGUUCCAGUGAAAGGAGACCAUGUGAUUGGCAUAGUGACAGCUAAAUCUGGAGAUAUAUUCAAAGUUGAUGUUGGAGGGAGUGAGCCAGCUUCUUUGUCUUACUUGGCAUUUGAAGGUGCAACUAAAAGAAACAGACCAAAUGUGCAGGUUGGAGAUCUCAUCUAUGGCCAAUUUGUCGUUGCUAAUAAGGAUAUGGAACCAGAGAUGGUCUGUAUUGACAGCUGUGGACGAGCCAAUGGAAUGGGUGUGAUUGGACACGAUGGCCUGCUUUUUAAAGUGACGUUGGGCCUAAUUAGAAAGCUGUUAGCUCCAGACUGUGAAAUCAUACAGGAAGUGGGAAAACUCUAUCCACUGGAGAUAGUGUUUGGAAUGAAUGGAAGAAUAUGGGUUAAGGCAAAAACCAUUCAACAGACUUUAAUUUUGGCAAACAUUUUGGAAGCUUGUGAACACAUGACAACAGAUCAAAGAAAACAAAUCUUCUCCAGAUUGGCAGAAAGUUGAUCUAUGUGGACUUUUUUAAUGGGUCAGUUGAGCCAAGAAACUAAGUUUCCUGGGGAAAACUUUUUUCAUUGAACCUCUCCCUUUUAAAUCUUCAGAAGACAAACGUGAAUGUGCAUACUCUCUUAUUACAGUCCUAAAUAAAAUAUUUUUGUAAGUUGCUGAUUUUUCACACAUGCUCUUGUGGGAGAGAAAAUCAUUAUAGAGUCAUGAUGUAGUUUUUUGUUCUGUACAAUAAAGUUUACUAAAAA